GUUGAGUGUGUGUCUGUGUGUGUGUGUGGAGCGGAGAUCGCUCAGAGUGCAGCGGCGGACGGUGCGGUGGCUGUCCAGUCCGGUGUUUACUGUCAGCGGAUUAAAGUGUGAGCGGAGGUCCGGGUCCGGAUCUUCAGCUGGAAAUUCAGCGGCAUUUGGAGCACAAGUGAAGCCGGUUUGAGGAGCGAGAGGCCCGGCUGGCUGCUGCGCGUCGCUGCGGGGGAUGUGCGUACACAAUGGGAGACGGUCCGGGACUCGAACAGCGUCUCCCCGCCCGGUUUGGUUUGUAAAGACACCGCAGCUGGAGGCGGGACUCAGCGCGGAGUGAGGACCUCCUCUGACCGGGCAGGACGCCUAAGACGCCGGGCUGAGCUCAGCUGUGAGCCCCGUGGGAGCCGCGGAGGACGCGCCUGCGUGUCGUCAAUCCCGCUGGGAUGAACCCCGAGUGUCUCCUGCGUUCUAAACCGCUGUUUACACAUCUGGAUGAAGAGGAAAGCCUGGGUUUGGAGCUGGUUUAUGGAGUUAAUGCAUGUUAGUUUACUGGAUUUACCCGCAGACCCAUCAGCAGCCUGCAGAGGUUAGUGCUCAGAGGAUAAAACGAAAGGAGCAGUUCACAGUUUCCCUUUGAAUCCGAAUAUUUUAAAGUAAAGGAGCAGUUCACAGUUUCUCACAUGAGCUUUGAAGGAGGCGAUGUACCUGCUGGACAGUAGCAGCUCUGAGAGGAUGGAGAGAGGAGCUCCUCAGAGAAAGACUGUGUACCGGAUCUCCCUCACGCUGGUGAAGAGGGAGAGCUUAGAGGAUGAGGGGUCGGUGCCCCGGCGGGCAGAGAACCCAAAGGUGGGCGCCUUCAGGCGUGAGGGGUCGGCAGAGGUGCAGCGGGGCGGUCUGCUGGAGCAGCUGAAGGAGGUGGAGGACGAGUCGGAGGACUUUUCUUCUUCCCACGGCUACAUGCGGAACUUUAGGACGUUCAGCACGGGCCAGCUGGAGCUCGGCAGGCUGAAGAUCUGCAGGAAGCAGCUGCUGCAGCGGGGCGCCAAGGCCACCAGUCCGCUGGCGGAGCCUGGGCAGGAGGAGGGCGGCGAGCGGGAGGUGGAGGAAGCACCACAGGCGCUGGUGGAGAACGGUUGCGUUGGCGAGCAGAAGAAGAAGCUCCUGAAGGCGAAGAGCGUUGAGGAGCAGAGCUCGGAGCCCAUGAGCAGCGUCGGGAAGCUGACCCACUCUAAAAGUAACGGGACGCCGUCCACAGAAGGCCCCCCGGAGACUCCACCUCCUCUGAAGCGCCCGCCCGGCCUGCUGCGCCGCAGCUUCAGCUUCAGGCACUGGAGCGGUGGUGAGCUGCUGCGCCUGCGGGCGCUCUCCAAAGACAAACACCACAGCAGCUCCGGCUGCAUCGGCCAGGACGCCGCAAAGGAUGCCGAACCGGCUGCGCCGCUCCCCUCAGCCCGCCUCCUCGACCCCACCAGAGAGAAGAGCAGGACACUGGAGGUCGGCGCCGUCCUCAACAAGACGGACUCCAUGUCCGAGCUGAGCCGCUGGGAGAGGGCGCAAGGCAGCAAGAACCGCACACUGGACAACAGCGACCUGCUGCGGCUGGCGGCAGAGAAGGACGCUGCCGGGGCAGCAGGUGGAGGCUUCUUGCUGCGGGGAGGUGGGGGACGCUCCAGCGAGCGGCGCCUGGUUCGCUUCUUCAGCGGGAUCUUCUCCAGGAGGGACGGUGCUUCCACAUCCACACCGGUGGGGAGCCCUAGCACCAACAGGUCGCUGCGCCGCAGCCGGAGGAUGGCGCUGUCACAGUCCAGCACGGAGAGCAUGAACGGAGGCAGCACUGACGAUGCGUUUGUAAACAGUCAGGAGUGGACGCUGAGUCGGACGGUGCCCGAGCUCAAAGUGGGCAUUGUGGGUAAUCUGGCCAGUGGUAAGUCAGCGUUGGUCCACAGAUACCUGACGGGAACCUACGUCCAGGAGGAGUCACCAGAGGGCGGGCGCUUUAAGAAGGAGAUUGUAGUGGACGGUCAGAGUCACCUGCUGCUUAUCAGAGAUGAAGGAGGCCCCCCGGAGGCUCAGUUUGCGUUAUGGGUGGACGCAGUCAUCUUUGUCUUCAGUCUGGAGGACGAGAUCAGCUUUCAGACUGUUUAUCACUACUUCAGCCGCCUCGCCAACUACAGGAACACCGCUGACCUGCCGCUGGUGCUAGUUGGCACACAAGACGCCAUCAGCUCGACCAACCCAAGGGUGAUCGACGACACCCGGGCCAGGAAGCUCUCCAACGACCUCAAACGAUGCACCUACUAUGAAACCUGCGCCACCUACGGCCUCAACGUGGAGCGAGUCUUCCAGGACGUUGCCCAGAAGAUCGUGGCCACCAGGAAGAAGCAGCAGUUGUCCAUCGGGCCUUGCAAGUCACUCCCCAACUCCCCGAGUCACUCGUCUGUCUGCGCCACACAAGUGUCAGCCGUCCACAUCAGCCAGACGAGUAAUGGUGGCGGCAGUUUGAGCGACUACUCGUCAUCUGUGCCGUCAACACCGAGCACCAGCCAGAAGGAGCUCCGUAUCGACGUCCCGCAGACCACCAACACGCCAACACCCGUCCGCAAGCAGUCUAAACGCCGCUCCAACCUCUUCACCUCGAGGAAGGCGAACGAGGCGGACAAGGACAAGAAGGGCCUGGAGGCUCGAGCCGACAGCAUCGGCAGCGGGCGAGCCAUCCCCAUCAAACAGGGCAUGCUGCUGAAGAGGAGCGGUAAGUCCCUCAACAAGGAGUGGAAGAAGAAGUACGUGACGCUGUGUGACAACGGCCUGCUCACCUACCACCCGAGCCUACACGACUACAUGCAGAACGUCCAUGGGAAGGAGAUCGACCUGCUCAGGACCACGGUGAAGGUGCCGGGGAAGAGGCCACCGCGCGCCGUGUCCACCUGCGCUGCCAUGCCGAGUCCCAAAACCAACGGCCUGACGAAGGACAUGAGCAGCCUGCAGCUCGGACAGACUUCAGGCUCGGUGACUAGCAGCUCGUCGGUGUCGCAGAUGGCGAGCGGCGUCAGCUUAGUGUCCUUCAACAGCCGCAGCACGGAGGGGAUGCACCAGCGCUCGUACUCCGUCUCCAGCGCCGAUCAGUGGACCGAGGCCACCGUCAUCGCCAACUCUGGAGUCAGCACGGACACGGGCCUGGGAGACUCCGUCUGCUCCAGUCCCAGCAUCUCCAGCACCACCAGUCCAAAGAUGGAGCCGCCGCCAUCGCCGCAUGCCAACCGGAAGAAGCACCGGCGGAAGAAGAGCACCAGUAACUUCAAAGCCGACGGCCUCUCUGGUACUGCGGAAGAACAAGAGGAGAACUUUGAGUUCACCAUCGUGUCGCUGACGGGGCAGACGUGGCACUUUGAAGCCACUUCCUACGAGGAGCGAGACGCCUGGGUUCAGGUCAUCGAGAGCCAGAUCCUGGCGAGUCUGCAGUCCUGCGAGAGCAGCAAGAACAAGUCUCGUCUGACAAGCCAGACAGAGGCGAUGGCUCUGCAGUCGAUACGAAGCAUUCGAGGGAACGGUCGCUGUGCCGACUGCGAAGCACCGAACCCAGACUGGGCAAGUCUGAAUCUUGGGGCCCUGAUCUGCAUUGAGUGUUCGGGAAUCCACAGGAACCUGGGCACUCACCUGUCUAGGGUUCGCUCUCUAGAUCUGGAUGAGUGGCCGCUGGAGCUCAUCAAAGUGAUGUCGGCCAUUGGCAACGAGCUGGCCAACAACGUGUGGGAGGCCAACGCUCAGGGACGCCUUAAACCUGGACCGGACGCCAGCAGGGAGGAGCGUGAGCGCUGGAUCCGGGCAAAGUACGAGCAGCGUCUCUUUCUGGCGUCGCUGCCCUGCACUGAUCUCCCGCUGGGCCAGCAGCUGCUGAGGGCAACCGCUGAGGAGGAUCUACGCGCCGUCGUCCUCCUGCUUGCUCACGGGUCCCGACAGCAGGUCAACGAGACCUGCGGAGAAGGAGAUGGACGCAACGCGUUGCACCUGGCCAGCCACAAGGGCAACGUGGUCAUCACGCAGCUCCUUAUCUGGUACGGCGUCGACCUGAUGGCAAGGGACGCCCACGGCAACAGUGCAAUGGCAUAUGCUCGCCAGGCCAGCUGUCAGGAGUGUGUGGACACACUGGCUCAGUAUGGCUGCCCAGAUGAACGCAACCCCCUAAUGGCCACACCCAACCUUUCGCGGCGCAACACCAAUCGCAACAACAGCUGCAGCAGCGCUGGCAGUGCCGCGCUCAUAUGACCAGACAGUUUCCUGCGAUGACUCUGAGAAAAAUAAACAAACUCCGAUUUGGGAGUAUCCUGAGCGUUUUAUUUUGGGAACCACUACUUUAGCUUUGCCCACUUCACCUGACAACCACCAGUAAACUGAUCACAGGUCAGUGGUUACGCUGCGGCCAGGCGUCUGUUUGGGAGAAGAAGUCUAAAGCAUGCUGGGAAACAUAGCCCAUGAUAAUCAAAGCAUUUUGGGAAAUGGUCACACGACUUGUGCAGGUCAAUGAGUUAUAUUGUACCUCAUCGCACAGCCUCAGAUUUCACACUACAAAGGCCAGUUCCCGCUCAGACUCAACAACAAAGUGAACUCAAAGCAUAUCAUCUUCUGUCCACAACCUGAAACUGUGAGAUCAAAUCAACAAGAAGGAAACUGAAGUCUUCGUAUCUUCUUUGAGGCAGCCACCCAUCAACAUAAUCUUCAUUGCAAAUCUCUUGAGGACUCUUUACGACCUCUUCACCUCCUUUCAGCUGUCAUUUUUUAAAUUUUCUGCAAACCAACUGGCUUUACACAUUUUUGUUCUUUUUUUUUAAUGUGAAAAAAAUCUUGAUGUUAAAAAAAAAUAUCAGCUUAGAGGUAAAACAUAAGUGUGAUAGAUCGCAUGUCCUAGACACUUUUUCUACUUUAAUUUAAGGCAUUUUUCUCGACUGUGUAUAUUGUAUCUCGAUGUGCAUUGCUGGACCAAUGGUUAAAAAUGCUAACAGGGGAAGGGUUUUUGUUUUUCCAUUUUUUAAGCUAUCGGGUGUAUAAAGUCAUUAAGUGUACAGAAGCUCUUGCCAGGCUCAGGGACUGGGGACUGUCGAUCGUCAGCGCUCAUUGUCUUUUUUCCCAGCGAGUUCUUUAGAUGAAACAACCUGUUUUCACUUCACUUAGUUCAGACUACAUUCAGAUUUUUGUCAACACUCAAGUUGCUCAAAGUUGCUGGCUUCACUUAAUUGGUUGGAUGCCUAAGGCAGCUAACCAAGAGAUUGAUUGGUGGCCCUCUGGCAGCCACUGGUCACUGGUUAGCAACUGGUCGCUAGAGGUUGCUGGCAGUCACUAGGUGGUUGCAAAGAGGUGUACAGUGCUGUACUGAAAACCUUCUUGCAAUUGCUUGGAAGACUCUCCUUGUCUGCAAACACUGACCAACUACUUGCCAAGCGAUAGUAAAACAGCAAAGGGUGCGACAAAAAGCUGGAAAUGGGGACCAUUCGGCUUCAACGUAAAAGUUGCACUUUUUGAAACAUGUUCGUUGCUUUAUCCAUUAAUCACCAUAAGAGCAAACUGGUCGAUCGAGCGGUUGAACAUUUUGCUGUAUGUUGCCGAUAGUUUGUGGCACAAGGUUUAUAAAUUUGGUUUGUAAAUUUGGUUUGCCAUCCAGAUCCUGGCUCAGCUUGGAAUUAACCUGCUGAUGAGCAUCUAUAUGUAGGAUUUCAAACCUUUUCUUAUGCUAAAGGUUUUAUCGUCUGAACUGAGUGAACUGUAAGCAUCUUAAACCCAAACCUGGUUUACAUCCUGAUGAAAAAGCAUUUAAUCUGAACUCUGUCCCUGAAGUUAAUUUUAUUAAUGUAAAAAAAGUGGACAAGAUACAGAAGCAGCUGUCGGAGCAAAAAAGGGAAAUUAUUGUCUUCAGGUGUUUCUAUUUUUCUUUUUUCUUUUUUUAAUGUUUGCUAUCUGUCCAGACACAGUGAUGGGGAGACGGUUGGUGGUCCCUGCCAUCACCGCCACUUUUUUAUCUAUCCCGUCCAAUCAGGCAGUCUCCCUGAUCUGCUCAGCGAAUCACUAAGAAGGGCUUCUUUUUCUUCUUCUCUGGUCUGAAAACGUCUUUGUUGUAAAUAAUCCUCCUCUCUUUCUCUGUCGCUUUCUCUCUUUCAUUCGAAGCAUCAUGUAAAUUAGAGAACACAGGAAGUACUUAGAGUAUGUGAGGUUGCAGGGUGGAAGUGGUUUAUUCUAAUGUGUUGUAGUAUGGUUUUGGCUCUGUGCUUAACCAUUCCGGAAGGAAGGAAAACCUUUGCAGGUGUCUAAACCUGUGGUUCCCAACAUGAGAAUCUUUACAGACUAAAGGGUCAACGGAUGGUUUACAGCAAAGGAAAUCAGAAAAUACAGAUCCAAGUUGCUUUGUUAAUGAGCAAGAACAAACCCAAAGGGAAGCUUAUAAAAAGUCUACAUCUUCUCAAAUUUAGGUCUACCCUGACUUUAACAAAUGUGGUAAAAAAUUAAGUUAAGACACAGUAUAAAAGUGUUGAGUUUACAUUUGGGGGCAUUUGGGGCCACAAUAGCACUAGAUGUGGUUGAGUUUGAGUCAGGCUCAAAUCUGAUUAUUUAAUGAGCUUAGAAAAAGUCUACAUCUGGUGAAGUUUUGGUACAUAAUACUCACUAAACUUGAAUACAUUUGACUCAAGACCAAGUGUAAAUGUGGUGGUCAGCACUACCACCAAGGUUUGAGUCAUAAUGCAGUCAAAAUGUGGAUAAAUUAAACUCAAGAUCAAGUUUAAAGGCUUGAUCGUUGACCUUUGAGCUUAGACUGUUACCAAAUAUGAUUAAAUUGGGCAACAUGUGAUCAACAUAGAGUCUGGACACAAGACUAUAGUUUAUAAGUAUUCUAGUCAUAAUCAAAUUGGGUUCACAGUAUUAACCAAAUCUUUACAUUUCUCUAAUGGGCUCAAAAAGUUUACCAAGACUGGGAAAGAUGAAAUCUGGUAAACUCUAGCUUAAGUCUAAAGCAGGUUGAAUUUUGUUCCAGAAAAAGACCAAACAGGGUAAAGCUGAAGCCGAGUAUAAAUUUAGUCAGAUUUUAGUCUACAAUUUAGAGUUUAAAUUUAAGGUCUACUAAUGCUAAAUUUAGGGCAAUAUUUUUACCACAUGGGGUUAUAUUUCAAGACUGAGUCUAAAUGUAGAGAAUCUUUGGAUCAAAACUGAGGCCAAGUUUCAAUGUAGACCAGAUCCAACGAUAUGAGAAAGUCAUGGCCAAGCCCUAAAGAGUCUUACUAUCAUGCAUGGAAAAAAUGAACUGUCAUAGAGCUAAAAGGAAAAUAUCAUUACCUACACUUAUGAAAGAACAUUCAAAAAAGUUAAUCUUCAGUAUAAAAUUCCACAUUUCCCAACCCUUUACCACUUGACACUUCAUUGAUAAUGAGAAUAUUUUAAAGACUCUGAUACAAACACAUGGACAAAGACAAACUGGACAGUGGACGGCAUACAUUAAGACUACCCUGAAUGUUUACGCAUGUGAUUACAUUUGUCCAAUAGGUCUGCAUGGCCAUUAACUCUUAGACAAGAUGAAGUUUACUUCAUACUAGCCCUUAUAUUUUAAAAUCAGCAUGAGCUAGAAAUGUUGGGAACCACUGGCACAAAGGUCCAUUUGGAUUUAAUGAUAGGGUUGCAGGUUAAUUUCAGGUGUUUUAAAAACCCCUUUCUUAAUCUUGGCGAUAUCGAUUUUUCCGUUGGUUGUUGAAAUGUGUAUAAUGAAGGCCUUCAGAUGAAGAUAGUUGGGGAACUAGUAUCCCAAACUCAACAUUUAUGUGAUGAUUCAGACAGUAUGCUGCUCCUCAGCUCGGAUCUUCAACUUUCUCCUGUUUCGCCCUCUAAUGUAAAUGUUGCUGCAGCGGUUGAGUAGCAGCUCUCAACCCGACUGUGUAUCCAAGCAAUAUUCAUAAAAAUCUUCACACUCACAUCCUAACUUUGUAUACUAACAUUGCUUUAAUAUUCACAUGAAAACACAAAAACACACUGUAGAAAUGGAAGAAGGAUCAAAAAGCAAGAAACAAAUGUUUUUCUAUCAACAUGAACACAUUUGUCCUCCUUUUGCCUUUUUUGUUUUUGCACGCCUGCCUUGAUGUUCCUAAUUUUUGUUGUUGCUAUACGUGUCACGCUCCAUUUUCCUUACCAGUCAUCUUCAAGAUGCCGUUUUAUUUCCUCUAAAUGACAAACCAAGAGUUAAACUAUUAUUUUUAUUGGAUGAUUUUAGUUUGUUUUCAUAUCUGUCCCAUCCCACAGCUGUCCAGAAACAGGACAGGGAAAAAAGACGUCCAUUUAUUUAUGACAGAAAUGCACUAAUUUACUGAUUUACUUCAUCUAUCUUAAACACAACUCUUUCUACCAUCUUCCUUUAUGUUCUGUCAUUAACUGACAUUGGCUUUUUCUAAGCGGUGGCGGCUUCAGGUUGUUUCCUUCAGAAUAAAAUUGUAUUUAUUUUAUUUUAAAAUCGUGUGAGCAGAAAAAUUUUAAGUGUAAUUAAUAACAAUGCUAACUGUAGAUAGUAGUAAACAAACUAACAAGAGCAUUGCGCUAGAGUUUCCGUUUACAAGCGCUUGUUAAUGCAACUAGAGAUCAGUUAGCUGGUGAUAGCUAAUAGAGAGGAGGUGAACAUUAGUUGUCACUUUGCUGCAGAUUUAUGCUCAUUCAGGUUUGAGACUCAAAGCUAAAAUCGAAAAAUUGCCGAGUCAUCUGUCACCUAAGCUAACACCUAGCAGUGAGCAAGACAGCAUUGUUUUAGGUUAACAGUGCAUUUCCCCUUCUAAAUAUUAAUGAAAUAAAUAGUGAAAUAGGGAUAGAGAAACAAAACAUCGAGACUCAUAAGCUGUAGAUAUGUUAACUGAACUAAGCUAAGUGAGGGGAAGAGGGGCAUAAGCUAAACUUCCCACCAUAAAAACGCAAACUGUGACAAACAUUGUUUUAAAAAAGAUUUUCCCAGCUUCCAAGUAAACAAUAUAAGUAGUCAUUUGCUUUCCAUUAGAAGCUUAGCAGAACAUGAAAACAAUAUGUGGAUAAUAGAAACAUGGUGUGAAGAGCAGCUAGCUAAACUCUGCUAGCAGAGCAUAUGGGGUGCUGUAUCUCCUUGAAUAUGAAGACUUGACUCUUCACAGAUGUUUCUGUUGUUCGCGUUCACAUUUUCUUAGUCUCAUAAUUGAGGAGAAAACAUGGAAAAUAUCUGUUUUUGUGUAUAUUUUGAAGCUAAAACAUGCUGUGAAGCUCCAGCUAGCGGUCAGUUAGCUCAGUGGCCAGUAGCAUGGCGCAAUAUGUUUCCUAGCUAGGAUCUUUCGGCUGAAGCCGCCUGCGUGUAGAUAAAUUAUGUUAUGGUAACUACGUUAAUAUGUCUGCACUGCUCUCGCCACCACCGACACUUGUACAUAGACAUCAACAGAACGAAGAAAUAAUAUGGUCAAUGUCUAGUUGUGUUACCUCAUGUAGCCUCCUUAACCCCACCCAACUGGGCUGUCCACUACAUUAUUUAUAAAUGCACCCCUCGAGGAAGACUCGGCCCCCUUAAACCUACAUUUUUGUAUAAUUUUCUCCAUCCACUUUUUAUUAUUGUUGUUCUGAUUUAUCAUCCAGACACAUUAUUGUUCUUAUUGUCACUGUUAAUCUAAUAAUUAUUAUUAUUGUUGUUGAUGUUGUUGUUAUUAUUGUUAUUGAAUUUUUGUUUGAUGUACAGUACUGUUGUAUGAAAAUUCUACCUAAUACAGAGUCUUCUACUGUAAUGUGUCUCUUUUCAAUAAAGACAAGAAUAAUGCUUCUUAUUAUAACCUGAA